AACGUUAGAACUUUGCUAAAAAUUAGACCAAGUACAAGGUGGGUAAGCCAAAGAUAUAUUGAUUCAUUCAUGGUUUGUUUCUGCUUCUUAGUGGAUCAAAAGAUGAGGAUGAAGAGGAGCAGGCCAGUGGCCGCAUCAUGUUCACGGUGCAGUAGCGGCGCGAGCAUCGCCGACAUGAGAACCGACACGAGGUUUUGUUUCAUCCCAUUUUAUUGGAAGUCUUGGAGAGCUGUUGUCUGUACUUUUUGUGGUGCUACUCUUAAAUCUUACAGAUGAACUUCAUGCUACUCUCUCUCUCUCUCUGUGUAUAUAUAUACACACUAGAUUUGCUUGAAGUAUACAGUUACAUAUCGAUAGUUAUAAAAGAAGGAAUAGUUACAAAAGAAGGAUAAUUUAUGAAUAAAAAAAUUGUGACAAAAGGGUUCAGAUAGGCCUUAUUUUACUCUGUUUGAUUUGGAAAUUAGAUGUUUGGGUUUUAUCUUUUCCACUUAGUGAGUUUUUUCCAUUGACAUGUAGUGAAAACUUGAGAGGGAGAAUUGUGUGUUGAAAGGAUCGAUAAUUCUCUCCAUUUCCUUUUCAUUUCAUGAUGAAUGGUUGUGAAAAUUUUCAAUUAUCAAUUUUUUAUUUUAAAUGUUAUAGAGGAUUGGUUUUGAAUUUUAA